AUGGUUGCAGACAAACUCGCCGAAACAGUCAACGAGUCGCCGAAUCUCUUUGGCGAGCUAGAUCAGGCUCGCCGAAAAGAUUGGCUCAGAAAAAUUAGAAAAAUAGGCAAGUCGACGAUAGGAAUGGCCUUUCGUUCUCGCCCAUUCACCGACAUUAGUCUUGCUCGCCAACAAACUUGGCGACACAUCCAGCAGAAAGGAGAAACUGUCUUUGUUUCCGCUGCUUCUGGAAUAGUUGGUCAACUUGUUGGGCAAUUUGAAAAGAUGAUGGGUUGUUAUGUUGUUGGUAGUGAGGGAAGCAAAGAAAAGGUUGAUCUAUUGAAGAGCAACUUUGGUUUUGAUGAAGCUUUUAACUACAAAGAGGAACAUGAUUUAGAUGUAACUUUAAAGAGGUACUUCCCUUAUCGAAUUGACAUCUACUUUGAGAAUGUUGGAGGGAAGAUGCUUGAUGCAGUUCUUGUGAAUAUGAAAGUUCAUGGCCAUAUUUUUUUGUGUGUGAUGAUUUUGCAAUACAACCUUAAGCAGAGUGAAGGGGUGCACAACUUGUUCUGUCUCAUAACAAAACGAAUCUAUAUGGAAGAAUUUGUUGUUACUGACUACUAUCAUAUCUACCAUAAAUAUUUGGAAAUUAUCAUUCCACAAAUAAAGGCUGGUAAGAUUGUGUACGUUGAAGACGUAGCUGAAGGUCUCGAAAGUGCUUCUAGUUCUCUAGUUGGUAUCUUCUCUGGUCGCAAUGUUGGAAAGCUAGCUGUGAUGGUUUUAAGUGAAUGA